AUGCACCUGUUAAGUCUUGACGCCGACAGUCAGCCCAGCCUGACACUGUUUCCUGAGCAUGAAGCACCAGCUUACGCGGUGCUCUCACAUACCUGGGCAGCUCCAAACCAUGAAGUCACUUUCAGAGACAUAUCAGAGAACUCUGCUAGAGACAAGCUCGGAUAUCAAAAAAUCCAUUUUUGUGGGAGACAAGCACACAUGGACGGCCUGAAGUACUUCUGGAUCGACAGUUGUUGUAUUGACAAAUCGAGUAGUGCAGAGCUCUCAAAAGCCAUCAACUCUAUGUUCAGAUGGUAUCGGAAUGCCAGGAAGUGCUACGUGUAUCUCACAGAUGUUUCCGUGACAGCGGGUGCUGAACUCGAGUCGUGGGAGCCGGCACUCCGCAAAAGUCGGUGGUUCACAAGGGGAUGGACACUGCAGGAGCUCCUGGCUCCGCGAGCUGUCGACUUUUUCUCUCGAGAAGGUCAACAUCUGGGCAACAAGGACUCCUUGUUAAGAAUUAUCCAUGAGGUGACAGAUGUUCCACCCCUUGCUCUGCAAGGCAUUCCGCUGUGUAAAUACGGAGUCGAGGAAAAGUUCCGAUGGGCAUCGAAGCGCCAGACGACAGAAGUAGAGGACAAAGCUUAUUCGCUCCUGGGUAUUUUCGAGGUUUUCAUUGCUCCAAUGUACGGAGAGGGAGAGAAGCAUGCGCUUUCCCGGCUACGGAAGGCUAUUGAGGAAGAUGAAGCAAGCAACUCCAGUCGAAUGCCUGCUCCAGGAACUACAAAUGCCGUCAGAAUGACAAUACCACACGACCCGACAGCCGACCACAUUUUACAUAUGGAAAUGGGCGGACCUGAUUUGGACGACAUCAUAUACAAGAUGACGGGUGUUCAGCUGAGAAAGGUAGAAGGGAAGUGGCAAGCCGUGUUUCCAAACGGCUCUACCUUAACACCAUUACCAGCGGUGCGCAUCAACGGCAUGAAUGGUGUGGAGAUCGAAAAUCUAUUUGCUACGGAAAAUCAUGACGUUGUGUCUGGGCUAAAGACCAGCAACUUGUACAGGAAAGAAAAGGCAGGAGAACCCCUUCUCCGUUCAUGUGUGUCGUUCAUUGUCCCAACCGAUUCAGAAUCCGAUGUCAUCAUGGAGCUGACGCUGGGUUGCGACCUGGGGUCCAAGAUUGCGCUACAACUGUACGCUGACAAAUGA